AUGUCGGUUCUAGCCUCCUCAACUCUCCAAUCCAUUGCGCGUCCAACACCGAGAACGAUUAUUGCUCCGUUGCUCUCAACUACCCAAGUUCGAAACAAAUGGGGCUUGUCCAGCUUCUUUGGCCGUCGUAACCGCGGCGAUGUGGAGGAUGCCGUCUCAGGUGGCCGGAACCUUGACGACCCCAAGAUCCGCCAACAGUUCGCCCAGAAGCAGCAGCCCCAUCUUUCCAGCUCUAUUUUCGAGGAAGAGGUGGAUGACGCUGUUGCAGAGAGCAGACGAGGUGCUAGAAGUGAUGCGCAAGCCUCUGUAAAGACGGCCGAGACUAUGGCGUACCGAGUUGACCCCGACCCUCGCAGCCGUCUUCGCUGGGAGAGAAAGAAGGUGAUUCAGAUGGUCCGCCGCAAUGGUCGUGUCAGCCGAUCCGAGCGUAUUGCGCAAACCGAGAAAGAGCUGUCUCAUAAGAGCCCUUUCCUUGAGACUAGCGUCAAGAAACUUGUGCAUCUGGCACGCCAAAUUCAGGGCAAGACUUUAGACGACGCGCUUCUGCAGAUGACAUACUCUAAGAAGAAGAUGGCAACUGAGGUCAAGUACCAGUUGGAGGAGGCGCGGGACCUGGCGAUUGUUUCCCGUGGUAUGGGUCUGGGUAGGACAGCCAGGAAUACUAAGGGUUCAUCUGGUCCAGUCAAGAUACAGACUAAGGAUGGCAAGCCCUUGACAAUCGAUGAUCCAACAAGGCUUUAUGUUGCCCAGGCUUGGGUAGGCAGAGGUCCUUGGAGAGCUAAGCAGCUUGAUUACAAGGGCAGAGGCAGAUUCGGCAUCAUCCAGUCACCAUCAACUAGCAUUUCGGUUGUGUUGAAGGAGGAGAAGACGAGAUUACGAGAGCAUAGUGAGAGAGAGGCAAAGCAGGCACGGAGAAAGCCCUGGGUUCACCUGCCCGACCGACCAGUAUCUGCACAGAGACCUUAUUACUCAUGGUAA